AAGUCCCGGAUUGAGGCGCCGCCAUUUUUACUGCUCGGACGCGGAGCGAGAAGCUGAGAGUCGGAGACGCUAUCCGCUUCCAUCCGUCGCGCAGACCCUGCCGGAGCCGCUGCCGCUAUGGAUGAUCGGGAGGAUCUGGUGUACCAGGCGAAGCUGGCAGAGCAGGCCGAGCGAUACGACGAAAUGGUGGAAUCAAUGAAGAAAGUAGCAGGAAUGGAUGUGGAGCUGACAGUUGAAGAACGAAACCUUUUAUCUGUUGCAUAUAAAAAUGUGAUUGGAGCCAGAAGAGCAUCCUGGAGAAUAAUCAGCAGCAUUGAACAGAAGGAAGAAAACAAGGGAGGAGAGGAUAAACUAAAGAUGAUUCGGGAGUACCGGCAAAUGGUUGAAACUGAGCUCAAAUUAAUCUGUUGUGACAUUCUGGAUGUACUGGACAAACACCUCAUUCCAGCAGCUAACACUGGCGAGUCCAAGGUUUUCUAUUAUAAAAUGAAAGGGGACUACCACAGGUAUCUGGCUGAGUUUGCCACAGGAAAUGACAGGAAGGAGGCCGCAGAAAACAGCCUCGUGGCUUACAAAGCUGCUAGUGACAUUGCCAUGACAGAACUUCCUCCAACGCACCCCAUUCGUUUAGGUCUUGCUCUCAACUUUUCCGUAUUCUACUAUGAAAUUCUUAAUUCCCCUGACCGUGCCUGCAGGUUGGCAAAAGCAGCUUUUGAUGACGCUAUUGCAGAACUGGACACUCUGAGUGAAGAAAGCUAUAAGGACUCUACGCUUAUCAUGCAGCUGCUACGUGAUAACCUGACGCUUUGGACCUCAGACAUGCAGGGCGAUGGUGAAGAGCAGAAUAAAGAAGCGCUGCAGGAUGUGGAAGAUGAAAAUCAGUGAGACGUACUAAAGCCAACAAGAGAACACAUCUCUGAUCACCCUCCCUCCCCACCCUCCCCUUGGAAGUUCCCCAUUGUCACUGAGAACCACCAAAUUUGACUUUCACAUUUGGUCUCAGAAUUUAGGUUCCUGCCCUGUUGUUUUUCUUUCUUCCUCUUUUUUUUCUCCCCUCCCCUUUUUUUUUUAAAACAAACAAACAGUUUUCAGAAGUUCUUAAAGGCAAGAGUGAAUUUCUGUGGAUUUUACUGGUCCCAGCUUUUAGGUUCUUUACGACACUAACAGGACUGCAUAGAGGCUUUUUCAGCAUUACUGUAUUGUCUCCAGCCACACGGGCAAGAUCAUCAAUAGAAAUGGAAACGACAUUUGAAAGCCAUUAGACUUCUAGGUGAUGCAUCUAAGAAAGAUUAAUCACAUGAUAGAGGAAUAUGUGCUGUCAUUUUUCCUUUUUUAAUUGUUUAAAUUGAAUUUUAUACCAAUGUUUAAACUUAAUUGGAUAUUAGCUUGAGAUGUUUUGGGGGAGUUUGUUAUAAUGGUUUUGCUGUCAAAUGUGUUUGGAACUCUGCUGAAGUGUUGCUGAAAGGCAUGGUGCUGGAAACAGUUCAACAAUCCGUGGCUGCUCAUUCUUGCCGACUCCUCCCCCUCUGAAGCAGGUUAGCAUUGAAAGUGGUAUGGAAGCCUGCAUGCGAGUUCAACUCUCUUCCUUUCCCCUCGCUCCUUAGCCUCCUUCUCUCUUCCUCCUCUUCCGCUCGCUCAACCUCUUUUGUUCAGUAUGUGUAACUUGAAGCUAAUUUGUACUACUGGAUGUCUGACUGGAGCCACAGAUGCAGCAUCUGUAUUGUUCUUACUGAAACACAGCAUGGAAUUAACAUUAAACUUAAAUAAAACAAACCUAAAUUAAAAAUGCCAAAUA